CUCAGACUUCCCUGUCAGAUCAGACCAGGCUCUCUCUCUCUUCAGUAAGAGCACUUGCUAUGGAGCUGUAUAUGAUGGGACCGGGGAAGCAGCAACUUGUCAAAGACACAGCUCCACCUCCUCCACGGUCCUACAAGUGUGCUGCAGUGACCUUGGCAGUGCUGUGGAUCCUGUCAGUGGUCAUCGAGCUCGGAGUCAUCUUUCACAGAAGCCUCUUUGCAAAUAAUUCAGAGCUGGAGAACAGACUGAAGGACAUGGAAAACAACUACUCUGCUUUACAGAAGAACCAGAAGAAUACAACAGAAAGCUGGAUUGCUGUUCAAAGAAGCCUCUUAGCAAAUAAUUCAGCGCUGCAGAUUCAACUGAAGGACACAGAAAAGAACUACUCAGAUUUACAGAAGAACCACAAGCGUGUGACUGAAAGCUGUAACAAUGUUCAAAGAAGCCUCUCUGCAAAUAAUUCAGCGCUGCAGAUUCAACUGAAGGACAUGGAAAACAACUACUCUGCUUUACAGAAGAACCAAAAGAAUACAACAGAAAGCUGGAUUGCUGUUCAAAGAAGUCUCUCAGCAACGAAUUCAGCACUGCAGAUUCAACUGAAGGACACAGAAAAGAACUACUCAGAUUUACAGAAGAACCACAAGCGUGUCACUGAAAGCUGUAACAACGUUCAAAGAAGCCUCUCAGCAACGAAUUCAGCGCUGCAGAUUCAACUGAAGGACACAGAAAAGAACUACUCAGAUUUACAGAAGAACCACAAGCGUGUCACUGAAAGCUGUAACAACGUUCAAAGAAGCCUCUCUGCAAAUAAUUCAGUCCUGGAGAACAAACUGAAGGACAUGGAGAAUAACUACUGUGCUUUCCAGAAGAAUCCUACCCGAUUGACAGAGAGCUGUAUCCCUGUGUGGAAGUGGAUCCGCAGUGCUGCAGUUGAUGUGACUCUGGACCCUGAUACAGCACACCCCAGUCUCAUCCUGUCUGAGGAAGGUAAACAUGUGAGACUUGGAAACACACGGCAGGCUCUCCCUGACAAUCCAGAGAGAUUUGAUCCUGUUGUCAAUGUCCUGGGCAGGCAGGGCUUCACCUCAGGGAGACAUUACUGGCAGGUGGAGGUGGGGGAGAAGACUGCGUGGGAUUUAGGAGUGGCCAGAGAGUCCAUCAACAGGAAGGGGAAGAUUACAGCAAACCCUAAGUAUGGACUCUGGAUUGUGUGGCUGAGAGAUGGAGAGUACAAGGCUCUUGCUGAUCCCUCUAUCCCCCUCCCCCUGAGCGUGAAGCUCCGGAAGCUGGGGGUUUAUCUGGAUUAUGAGGAAGGGCAGCUCUCCUUUUACAAUGUGGAGACCCGGUCUCACAUCUACACUUUCAAUGACACCUUCACUGAGAAGCUUUACCCAUUCUUCAAUACUGGUGUCCUUAAGGAUGGUAAAAACGCAGCCCCACUGAUCAUCCGCCCUGUCAGUGAUAGAGAUUGAAAAAAGUUGUGUAUCUGUAUGAUGGAAUAUAACAACAUUGAUAAUACUGUUCAUUUCAUUGUUACUUCCCCACCUAUUUCUUUGUAUACAUGUAAUUGUUUUACUGAUUGGCACUGACAGUCUUUUUGGGAUUGACAAAUCUGUGGGAACGCCUGCCACAUUUAACACACUCUGUGACUGGUGCAGAUAGGCUGCCCCUCACAUGUCUGAUUCAUGUGUGUGGCACCAGCCAUCUCAUCACUGUGGUCAGCCCCAUUACUGUGAUCAGCAUCAUCACUGUACUCAGCCUCAUCACUGUGCUCAACCUCAUCACUGUGCUCAGCCUCAUCACUGUGCUCAGCUUCAUCACUGUGCUCAGUCUCAUCACUGUGCUCAGCCUCAUCACUGUGCUCAGCCUCAUCACUGUGCUCAGCCUCAUCACUGUGCUCAGCCUCAUCACUGUGAUCAGUCUCAUCACUGUGCUCAGCCUCAUCACUGUGCUCAGCUUCAUCACUGCUCAGCUUCAUCACUGUGCUCAACCUCAUCACUGUGAUCAGUCUCAUCACUGUGCUCAGCUUCAUCACUGUGCUCAGUCUCAUCACUGUGAUCAGCUUCAUCCCUGACCCCCUUUCAUUGCGAUGAACAUAUUUUGCUUGUGUUGUUGUUUUGUUUUAUAUGAAUAUUUUUGUUUGAUUUUACCUAAUACUUCAUGUGAUGCAUGUCAGGUCAAAUUUCCUAGAUUUCCUGGAUGUAUUGUAACGUAGUUCUGUAUGGUAUGUUUUUAUUAGGUUUUACAGUAUAUAGCAGGUGGCCUGCACUGCACUGUAAUCACUGCUAAGAGAAUGAAGAGAUGCAUUGAUUCCUGUAUGCUAACAUGAAACUGGAUUGCAAUAACAAUGGUGUGUAUGUUUACAUGCUUAUUUUGUAGAUGCUUCAGUUUUUUAGCAACUGAUAUUAAAGGUUUACU